UUUGGCAACUUGGCGGGCUAACAUGGAUCUUCAAUUUAUUUUGGACCCGUAUUCUUGUAUCAUGUACAUCACGAGUUACAUGCUAAAGAGCGAACGAGCCAUGAGUGAGUUGUUGAGGAAAGUAGCAGAGGAAAGCAGAGGUGAGGACUUGAAAGCUAAACUGACAAAGGUUGGUUCAGCAUUCCUGAACAACAGAGAACUGAGUGCACAGGAAGCAGCUUGGAAGCAGACUUCCCUACCUUUGCAUAGAGCAAGCAGAGCAAGAGUAUUUGUCAACACUGCUCCAAAAGAGAAAAGGGUGUCAAUGCUCAAGCCUCAGAGUGUCCUGCAAGACAUGGCCGAUGAGGAUGACAACAUUUUCUGCACAUCCCUCACUGACAGAUACGAGUCCAGACCAGAUAUCCUAAAGGACAUGUCUCUCAUAGAGUUCGCAGCUACAUAUAAAACUGGUGGCCAGGAUGUACCUGAUGAAGUCUUCGACCACAUCCCAGACGUCCGCCACAGCUGCGAUGACCAAGAUGCUACCUGCAGCGGAGAGACAGAUGAAGAGGACGACAAACGGUAUCCACCUGUCAUCACCUUGCUGAACGACAUGGGCCAGAUGAGGAAGCGCAAGCGGCACUGCAUUGUCAGAUUCCACAAAGAGAAAACUGACGGCGAAGAACGAUACAGGAACCUCCUAAUGUUGUACUAUCCGUGGCGACACGAAGACGUUGAUCUUAAAGCCGGGUUCUCAUUGUUCAAAGACCACUACGAUAGUGUGAAGGACACUGUUCACGUCAAUGAAGCCAAGUUCAGUGUACAUGCAGAAGUAAUCGAAGAAGCCUAUGAAAAUUUGCAACGCAAUGGCCCUCCAGAGGACGUAUGGGACAGUGUUGCACCAAAUGUGGAAUAUCAACAAGCAGAACAGAUAGCUGAAGGGACAACUACACAGAAUGACUUACCUGAGGAGAACGACCGCGACAACAUAGACUUGGCACCACACAGGAACACCAAUGAUCAAUCUGAGCUUUAUAGGCGGUUCUCCACAGACUUGAAUACAACAUCACUAACAUCAUCCAUAUAUAGAAGCAUGAUGCGAUCUUUGAAUGCUGCACAAAUGGAAGUUGUCCGCGUCCACCGGAAGUGGUGUAAAGAUUCAAUAUACGCACUGCAACAUGACCAACCGGUACCGCAGUACACUCUCUUUCUAAGCGGCCCCGGCGGUGUUGGGAAGAGCCAUGUCAUCAAGAUAAUACACCACGAAACCAUAAGGCUUCUGCAACGGUUGUCCGGACAUUACGAUCCCGACGAACUCUCUGUUCUGAUCACGGCAUUCACCGGAACAGCAGCAUUCAACAUCAAUGGGAUGACUUUACACUCGGCUCUCGGGUUUGGUGGUGGUCCGAAGAAGAGCAACGAAUACAAGCCUGUUGGUAGUGAGAAGUUACAUAAUCUCCGCUUACGCCUUGGAAAAUUGAAACUUCUGAUCAUAGAUGAAUGUUCGAUGUUAGGUUCAGAUCACCUUUAUCACACCCAUCGUCGCCUGGAGGAUAUUUGUGGCACCUGUGACCCUGAUUCAAGGUUUGGAGGCGUCAGCAUUCUGGCCGUGGGCGACCUCUUCCAGCUGCAACCCGUGGGACAAAGGCAUGUGUUCGACCUGCCUACUGACAGUUAUGCCAAAUUACACGGAUCACUAUGGGAGGAGAACUUCACCAUGAUGGAACUGACAGAAUGUGUGCGGCAAAGAGAAGACCAAGACUUUGCACAACUCUUACUUAGAAUGAGAACAGCUGAAUGUACGGAAGACGACAUCACCGUGUUAAAGUCGAGGAUCAUCUCAAAAACAGAUCCUCAUUACCCAUCAGAAGUUCUACAUGUUUUCAAAACCAACAGGGAAGUUGAUGACCACAACAAAGACCAUCUACAGAAACUUUCGACGCAGCAUUUUCAUAUUCAGGCCAUUGACACAAAGAAAGACAUAUACACAGGCCUCGUAGAUGUUGGUUUAUACAAGACGUCGAACGAUAGAGGUUUAAAAGAAACUGUAUCGCUAGCUGUAGGUGCCAGGGUCAUGGUGACCGUCAACAUCGAUGUCUCUGAUGGAUUGGUUAAUGGUGCCUUGGGGAAAUGCAGGAAAUGA